CUUACCGACCGCGUCCUUUCUUUUCCUCUCGCAGCCAUCCAAGAAAACACAAAGUGUCCAUCUCUUCUCUCCGUCAUCGAACUCCUUGAGCGAACCCCAACUCCACUCACAGCCAUUCCAGUGCUUUCCUCCGCCAGCGCCGCCACUCCAACGCCUUCCUCCGCCAGCGCCACCGAAGCUAAAUGGAUAAAGAUAGACUCACGGAAGAAAAAAUAAAAAGAUUUGAGGAAUUUGUUGAUCGCCGCUUGAAACCUGACCUUGUUCGAGCCAUUGGUGAAAGGGACAAAGUUUUUGAGCAACAAAAAGUCUUCUCAGAUCUUAGAAGAAAUCUGGAGAGUCUUGAAAAGAAUAGUGUAACAAGUCUCAGGUCAAUGGUCAAUCUUGGGUCUGAAGUAUACGCACAAGCUGAUGUACCUGAUACACGCCACAUAUUUGUAGAUGUUGGCCUUGGAUUUCAUGUAGAGCUCACUUGGUCUGAGGCUUUAAAGAUCAUCCCAGCUAGAGAAGAAAAGUUUGCUAGGCAAAUUGAGGAAUACACUCGUCUCAUUGCACAAAUCAAAGCUCAAAUUAAGAUGGUUUCACAAGGUAUACGAGAGUUGCUACAACUGCCAGCUGAAUGACUUCACAAAGUUAAGAAAUUAAUCUGUAAUAUAUUAUUAGUGUCAAAGAGAAGGCAUAAAAAAAAUUCCAAAUUGUUUUAAAUCAGAAUUGCUUAUUUUUUCUAGAGAGAAUGAAAGUUAAAGGUUAGGGGUUACAUAGCUUUUGUAAGAGUUGUUGAAACUUGAAAAUGCGUGUGAAGUUGUGAUUUUGUGAUUGCCAAAUUUGAAUCUAAUUUAAGAUGUUAUGAGGA